CCUGAAACUGAUCGAUAUAUACAUGAUAGUAGCUCGCCUGAGUUGCUGAGCACCUGGGCUGAGAUCAGUGAUCACCACCAGCCAGCCAGCCAUGGCCGCCGCCGGGCCGCGCACCUACGCCGACUUCGUGCCGCCGCACAAGCUGGUCGAGAAGGCCGACAAGAAGGUCCUCCAGAUCGACCUCUCCGGGAAAGGGUUCAAGAAGGAGCAGCUGAGGGUGCAGAUCGACAACCACGGGAGGCUGCGGAUCAGCGGCGAGCGGCAGGUCUCCGGCAACCAGUGGAGCCGCUUCUACAAGGAGUUCCAGGUCCCGGAGGACUGCAACGCCGGCGACGUCCGCGCCAGGUUCGAGUCCAAGGACCGCGUCCUCCACGUCAUCAUGCCCAAGCUGUCGCCGGAGGAGCCGCCCAAGCCCACGCCCGCGCCCGCCGCCGCACCAGGCGCGAAAACGCGCGCCGGCGCCGGCAGCAACGGCCAGGGAGCCACCGCGCCCGCCGGCCCCGGCCAUGGCGCCGCCGCCGCCGCCGCGCAGCAAACCGCUGCUGCACCGACCGAAGAGCAGGACGAGGAAGAAAGAGAAGAAUAUAAGCACACAGGCCACGACGACGGCGGCGACGAUGGCGGCAGGGAGGAUGCGUCCGACGAGCCUGCAGCCACCACCGUCUCGGGCGCCAGCCUGAGGAGGAAGACGCCGUGGCCGGUGCUCCUCGCCGUCGUGCUGGCCUUGCUUGCCGCAGCUGGAUUCUACGCCAAGUACAGGCUGAUGGAUCCGUCGGCUGAUCAGCCGGCGCCGGCGGACGGCGGCGUGCAGCUCUUCGGCUUCUCCGACCAGUAAUCAUGUGUGCGUGCGCCGCCAGAACGACGUGUAAGUUUCGAAAGCCGCACGUAGCUUACACGUCGUUGAACGAUAGUACCUUGUACAGAUGGUGACUGAUGCCAAUUGCCAACGUUUCCUUUCGGAAUACGUGUGAAAAAUGUCAAUGUAAAUGUUAUGUGCGAGCGAAUUAAUUGAAGAGUAAAUUUGCAAUCGAUUGCAGCAUCUA